AUGGAAAAGCAAAGCAGGGCACCCUCUUCUUUGGCCGUAUACAAUCUUGAGGAGCAACAAUAUGUUUCUCCUCACACAAACAACCCAAACAUGGAAGAUGUGAAAGCUACUAAAGCAAACGACAUUUGCAGAGAGGCUACAAUCUACAAAAAGGCUGCAGCAGAGUUGGUGGCAACUUUUAUGUUAGUAUUUGCCGGGUGUGGAGGAAUCAUGGUGCAAGCCAGAGAUGAUGUCUUAACUUACGUGGGGGUCAAUGCUGUUUUUGGGCUGGUUAUAAUGGCGAUAAUAUACUCUUUGGGACAUAUCUCUGGUGUUCACAUUAAUCCUGCAGUCAGUCUUGCUUUCUCAGCUGUGGGAAAACUUUCUGUUAAGGAGCUGCCCAUUUAUAUUGUAUCUCAGAUUGCGGGUGCCACAGCAGCUGCAGCUCUACUCAAUGAAAUAAUUACAAACACAUCUAUUAAUGUUGCUGUCACUGUUCCUGUGGGAAAUCCUUUUGCAUCACUGGUGGUGGAAUUCAUCAUUACCUUCAUAGUAGCCCUUGUUAUAUUUGGAACAGCCACAGAUCCUAAAGCACAUGGUCAAAUGGCAGGGGUUGCUGUGGGUGGUAUUGCAGCUUGUAAUGGUUUAUUUGCUGGGACGCUGUCAGGAUGUUCCAUGAACCCAGCAAGAUCUGUGAGGCCUGCACUGAUAGCAGGCAAUUAUAAUGGUCUUUGGGUGUAUAUUGUUGGACCUGUUUCUGGAGCUUGGUUCUAUAAGGCUAUUUCUAUACAAUACAAAACUAAUAUGGACAUAAUUUUGAUGCUUGUGGCUUGGGGACUCAUCUUUGGGACGAAGUCGAAGGUUGAAUGGGUGGCCAAGGCAUGUGUUCUAGCACAUUCCUUGUGUGGGUUGGUUUCUCUUUUGGGGAGAACGGUUCCUGGGCAAGGUCUACGGAAACCAUUUGGUGAGGGUGUCAGGAGAACAUCCCAAGAGGCAAAGAUGAAGCAAGGCGAGGGCAAGCGAGAAAAGUAUGAUGUUGAUUACUAUUGGGUGAAUGAUCCUGAUAUGGAAAAGAAAACCAAGUAG